AUGUUUGGCGACGUCAGGAUCGACAAUUACUAUUGGCUUCGUGAUGAUUCUCGCUCCGACCCUCUAAUCUUGGCCCAUCUCCAACAAGAAAAUGCUUAUAACCACCAUCUCAUGUCUGGAACCAAACUAUUAGAAGAUCAAAUUUAUAGUGAGAUUAGGGGUCGUCUAAAAGAAGAUGACAUAACUGCACCUUUGCACCGAGGAACUUACUAUUAUUACAAAAGAACCUUGAAGGGGAAAAAAUAUGUCCAACAUUGGCGCUGUCUUGUGCCUAAUGCAUCUGUUUAUGAGACAAUGCCAACUGGGCCUGAUGCCCCUCAAGAGCAGGUUCACAUGAGAAUGGUGCAUAAU